UCUGUCACGUCGGUGCACGGAUAGUAAGCUAACGGAUAAUGCUAAAUUAAACUAACAUAAACAACCAUAUUUGUUGUUUAAGGGUGAGUAGCACGGAAGGGUACGAUUAUUUGGGCCGUGUCGUUCCUGUCGGGCUUUCAUUUGUGGAAAUGUGGGCGGGUAUCACCGCGGGGAGGUAAGAAUUGGGUAACGCGAGCUAACUCACUUUAGCAAUAGCCUGCUAAUUUUUAACGUUCCGCAAGGCCGCGUAGAAAUACAAGAACUGCUUCCUGUUUUGGCUCCACUGAGGAUGUAGGUUACAUCACAAUUUGAGUAACAAAAUCAGAGCGAUUAUCCACGUAAUUCGUUCAGAGGAGUAAUCGACUGCAUUGAAGUUAGGUUUAUUUGAGUUUGCAGGCUACCUAGCUUGUUAGCUCUGAGGCUAGCUAGCUAGCAUGAGUAAAGUGACGGGCUGCAAACAGUCCGCUGACUCUGCAUCGAGGAAACGGUGUCCAUCUCCAGACCAGGAUGACGGUAGCACUAUUCCCAGCAAGUCGUCAAAAGUAAGUGACGCAUCAGACGAAGCUCGGGUUUGUUCAGAAAGUUGCAAAAACAACGAAGCGGAGAGUAAGGACAAAGCUGGAAGCAAAAGCCAGUCAAAAGAUAACGAGAAAGAGCCAGAUGCUGAGCAGAAGGAUCAGAGUUCAAACAGCGCGGAUGGCUCCAGUUCACUGCCUGUCAAUAACACCAGCACUGACGAUCACGAUGCCAACAACUCAGAAAAGCCAGAAUCAUCAGAUGCACAUGGAUCUACGGAUAAAAAGGAGGAUACAACAAAGACAGAACAAUCAAAGAAGACUCCCUCAACUCUGGACCAGUCUGACUCAGCUGCCAUAGCAGCCGCUGAAGCACUUGCCAGUCUCACAGGAGGAGAUGGAGAGGACAGUCAAGAGACUCCCUGCUCAUCUGAAAAGGCCAAGCAGGUGAAACAGGGGAGCAAAUUCAAACAGCGAGGGGCCCACCAUUCUUCAAAAGCAGGCUCGAGAACACAGGCAGCUCCUGCAGACAGCUCCACAUCUGUUCACAGCACUGACAGAGAAGAUGCAGAAAAUAUGCCAGAAGCAGAUGAAGGUGAUGAGUCUGUAUCAGGAUCUUCCUCCACCCCGAGCUCCUCUUUCCCAUCAGACAACGAGGACAAUGAUGAUGGGGAGUGUGCCAUUGUGUCUGUAAAGAUGGCCCCGGAGAUGAGGCAGUCUGUGGCUCUCUUGGCGCAAGUGCAGAUGAGACUGGAGGCACUUGAGAAGAAAAGUGCACGACUUCAUCAGAGGCUUGAGCUGAAGAUCAGCCGUCAGCGGCGCCCCCAUUUGGAUCAACGCAGCUCCAUCGCAAAAACAAUCCCAGGCUUUUGGGUGACAGCUCUGUUAAAUCAUCCUCAUCUUUCAGCCCACAUUGAUGAGAGUGAUGAAGAUGCUCUCAGUUACAUGACUGAUCUUGAGAUUGAGUCAUUCAAGAAUAACAAACUCGGCUACAGGAUCCGCUUCCACUUCAGACGGAACCCGUACUUCCAGAACAACAUCAUCAUGAAGGAGCUGCACCUUGGGAUGGGAGGAUCUCCCAUGUCCUUUUCCAACCCCAUCCUGUGGCAUCGCGGACAGAACCUGACAGCCCACAGCGAACCCAGGAAGUCACAUCACGGGGUUUACAAGACCUUCUUCAACUGGUUCAGUGACCAUAGCAACCCAGGACAAGAUGAUGUAGCACAGAUACUUAAAGACGACUUGUUCAGAGACCCGCUGAGAUACUACCUCACUCCACUCUGGGAGCCGCGGGAGAACGGCAGUGGUGGCAGUGGGGCCAGAGCAGCUGACAACAGCAACGGAGACGAUUGUGUAGUGAUCUCUGACUCGGAUGAGGAGCCUGGUGAGGACACGGGUGAGGCAGAACAAGGUCAUAGUCGGGAGGAAGGGGAAGAGGAAGAAGAAGAAGAAGGGGCGGAGGAGGAAGAAGAAGGAGAGGAGAGGGGGCGAAGCGCUGAUGAGAGCCCAGAGGAGGGUGAGGAGGAUGAUGCUGGAGAAAUUGUGAUUGACGGCUCUGAUGACAGUGAGCAGGAGGAGGAGGAGGAGGCCUGAAGGGAGGAAGAGGAGCUACAUGGGACCAGUGACAAGAAAGAUGCAGAGGAUGCCUUGUUAGGCAAAGAGACCCAGAGCAAUUAAUUGUGAUUUUUAUGCACAAAACAUCUGACUUGUUUGUUGUUUUAUACCUAAAAAACAUAGAACUCUUUUAAUCAGGGUUAACUCUAAUAAUAAAGCCAAGGCAGCAUGUUUCCCCCUGUUUUAUACAGUGCUAUGUCUUCUGAUGUACCUAUUCACCUUUUGCAAAAUGUUUUUUUUUUUUUUAAUCAGUUUUUGGGCAUGUCCUGCCUGUCUAAUCAAACUAAUGUUCCUUUAUAUGACGUGGAACGUACUGUUGAAUCUAUACACAAACAUGUGCACACAUUGUUGAGAUUUAGUUUGCCGUAGGUGGCACAAAAAACAAAAAAAUGCAGAAACUUAAAGUGGCAUUAAUAGUGAUCAUUUACAUGCAUUUUUUUGUCUGUUUUUAGAGCCGACAUGGAAAAUAAUUAAAGUGUUAAUUGAUAAAACGACAGUACAUUUCAGAUGCAACGAGUACUGAACCAAAAUUAGUUCUCAGGGAUCAUAGUGGUAGUUUUAAUAAACAGACAUUGAUGGUUGUCACACAUUUACACUCUCUGGUUAAUGUUGUUGGCUGUGUAUAAGGAAACGUGUACUCUACUGUAGUAAAUAGGAACAGAUUCUGUUUUAAUAUGCUACCUGUUUUCUUCUUCUUCACCUCCAUGUCUGGUCUUGUCACCUGUAAACCACCUCUGAUGUUGAAAUCAUCAUGUAGUUUUUUGUGGAUAUUUUACCUUUUUUGUAACAUGCUCCUGUAGUUUUUGUAUUUUUCCUUCAGAUUUUAACUUAAUUUACUUUCUGAAACAUUUAAAAUUUCUUGUGAUGUGUUUUUAUGAUUUUUUUUGUGUUAUCUUUUUAAAAAGAGCAUAUUUAUUACUCUGCUUUUCUACACGUCUACAUUAUGGCAUGCCCGUGAGCAUGAUCUGUUAGACAGGAUGAUUACAUUAAGGCUUUCUUUCUGUGCAGUGUCGGUAAACGUCUGUUAACUCAAACCAACACCACCAGGUGCACUGUAACAAAACUAGUAUUUGUAUUUGCUUACUUUUCUUAGCAAUGACCUGUAAAUAAUGUUUCAGCUUUGUCUUUUGGACAGGACAACUACACCUGUGUAAUCCACGGAUAAAUUUAUCAAAUAAUCUGGACUUUUUCAUAAACAUGAUCUGAAAGGUAUAUUUUGUGUGCUGUGUUUUAUAGAACACUGUAGUUUAUGGAGACCUACUUGUUUGUUGCUUUGGUUUCAUUUUGUUUGCUUUGAGAUAAAUGUCCACCUUUUGACUCAGACCUAAUAAAAUAGGCAGUUGUUUCA